UCGUCCAGUAGUUCUGUAUUGUAGUAAUGGCCUUUCUGAGAGCCAAACCGAGGCGUGGAGGGGGGUCGAAGGGAAGCCGCGGCGGGAUAACUGGCCACCGACGUCAACAAGCUGGAACACUCGGCCUUUGCACUCCUCAACCACGUCUUCCAGGGGAUGGACAAGAGCGGGGCAUCACAGACCGCCGCCAUGGAGGCGCUGGCCAAGCUUCGCCCGGACAUAGACUUUGCUAUGCUGGCAAAGAUGGGGGUGACGCUGGACCCUGUGGCCCUCACCAAGCAGCUGCGGCCAGACCUGGACGUGAAGAUGAUGACCAGCGGCUCCUCCAGCAGCAAGUCUGAGUCCUCCCACACAUACUCCACAGCCCACUCCUCCCAUGCACCCUCCCACGUGUCCCACUCCCACUCAGGAGGACACCCCUCACCCCACUUCAGCAAGUCUGAUGCGGCUUACCUGGCCAAACUGCAGGAGGCUAGUCUGGCCAAUGCCAAUGCCCUGGCCAAGCUGGACCCCAACCUAUUGGCCAAGCUGGACCAGGGCACACUGGCCCAGCUCUCAAAGCUAGAUGCCGCCACCCUGGCCAAGCUGGACCACAACACGCUGGCCCAGCUGGUCAAAGCUGAUGCAUCUGCUGCCGCUGUCUCCAUGUCCAUGAGUAAGGCUGACCAGGCCAUGCUGUCCCAGCUGGCCAAGCUGGACCCUCACACCCUUUCUAAGAUGGAUCCUGCUGCCCUCAACCAGCUGGCCAAGUUGGACCCAAUGAUGUUGGCCAAGAUGGACCAGACCACCCUGUCACAGCUGGCCAAGUUGGACCCACACACACUGUCCAAGCUUGACCAGGCUAUGCUGGCCCAGCUGGCCCGCCACGACGCCCAGAUGCAGGCACACACCCGGGCCACUCUCAGCAAGAUGGAUUCGGCCACCCUGUCCCAGCUGGCCAAAAUGGACCCCCACCUCCUCUCCAAAUUGGACCCCAACACCUUGGCCCAACUGGCCAAGCUUGAUGCCCAUACCUUGUCCAAGGUGGACUCAACCACCCUCUCUCAGCUGGCCUCCAUGGAUGCUGUGGCCAUGGCCCAGCUCUCCAAGAUGGACCCUCACUCCCUUUCCAAGAUGGACCAGGCCACCUUGGCCCAGCUGGCUAAGAUGGACCCUCAUUCCUUGUCCAAGAUGGAUCCAGCCAUGCUGGGGCAGCUGGCCAAGCUAGACCAACAGGCCAUGAACAAGAUGAACAAUGCAGCGCUGGCCCAGCUGUCCAAGAUGGACCCCCACAACCUGUCUAAGAAGGACAUGUCCUCCCUCAACCACCUCAUGAAGAUGGACCCUCACACUCUCAGCAAAAUGGACCCCAACAUCCUGGCCCAGCUGUCCAAGCUGGAGGCCCAGGCCAAGAUGGACCCAGCCACCUUGGCUCAGCUCAACAAACUUGACAUACACUCCAAGAUGGAUGCUGCUGCCCUGGCCCAGCUGGCCAAGCUGGACCAGCACAAACUGGACCCCAUAACCCUGGCCCAGCUCUCCAAGAUUGAUCCACAUGCCAAGAUGGAUGCAGCCACCUUGGUCCAACUGUCCAAACUUGACCCUCAUGCCAUGUCCAAACUUGAUGCCCAGUUGGCUCAGUUGGCCAAGCUGGACUCCCACACACUCUCAAAGCUGGAUGUCAACACCCUGGCCCAGCUGGUCAAGCUUGACCCUCACCUGCUAACCAAGUUGGACUCAGCAGCCCUGGCCCAGCUUACAAAGCUAGAGGCCCAGCAGAUGCAGGCAGCAGCAGCAGCAGCAGGCUUGUCCAAGGCAGACCUGGCUGAGCUGCGCAAGAUUGAGGCAGAGGCGCUGUCCCGGUUGCAGCCCAGCGACCUGGACGCUUCGCUGCUCAGCCCCGCAGCAGCCGGCCUCUCCACCACGCCACCCUCCUCCAGUAGCGCCCAUGGUAUGUCCAAGUACCAGCAGCUCCUGGCUGUCAUUGAGGAGAUGGGCAAGGACAUCCGCCCCACCUAUGCUGGCAGCAAGAGCAGUGCAGAGCGCCUCAAGCGUGGCAUUGUGCAUGCCCGCAUCCUGGUGAGGGAGUGCCUCAUAGAGACUGAAAGAGCAGCGCGCACAUAACAGCAAGGCUACCAAGCUCACACGCUGUGCAAGGGUGACCAGCCCAGCGAGUCAGCAGCCUGAGGCCCAACACACCUGUCUGUCAGUGCUGCCCAAGUGAUUCAGUGCAAGAAAAGUGCAUUGUUUGUCUACUUUUUGGUGUUGAGAUGCAUUGGUCUCAAUAUAAAAUAAUGUCAUACAUUAAAAGAAAAAAAUUACUAUCAAUACACCAUCACAAAGUCAAGGAAUUUAAACUAGAAUGACCAUUUGUGUUUAAACUAAUUCCAAAGGAAUACAGUGAUGUUUUAAAUUAUUAUAAAUUAGAGAGUUUAAUCUUUCAGUUUCAUACUCUGAAUACAUUAUUUUUAUGGUUUUACUAUUUAAAUAGUACCGUACAAGAUCUUGUGUUGCGCAUGUUGCUUCACUUGUAUGACAUGUUGACCUUGUGACGCGAGUGUCCUGGUGAUGUAUCAGGGAGACCAGAGCCCAGACCCUCAGCCUUUAGUCUUGUAAUUAUCUCAUGUGAAAGCAAUGGAAUCACUGAUAGCUAACAUGUAUGGAACCAUCACUACUUGGAAUUUUUUUUUUUUUUUUUUUCCAAUCAUGUAAAGAACAUUUUAGGCCCCAAUUUUUAAAGGAUCCAAUAGAAAUGAGUUUGCAAUUAUAGAAGAAUAAAAUUUUACUCAACCCAACAAACAUUUAAUAUCUGAGUAGCAUCUCUACCAUAUGAUCAUGGCCAUAAGCUUCCACAUUGCAGCUUAAGGCCUGCCCCUCUUAAUUAGUUAAUCAUUUCAGGUGAUUAGCAUCUGUAGUAAUGUACUUUUAUGCCAGUGAUCCAUGUGCAUAAUGUUUUAGUCUGUAACCAGUACUAUGGGUGGUUGUGCACCUUACUGAAGGGUUUGGGGGUUUGGCUCUGGAUCUCAUAUUUAUUUAUAUAUGAUGUACAGGAACUUUUCUGUGCCACUUGACAGCUGUCAACCUUCUUAACAGUGCAAAUAAUGCUGUUUGGUAUAUUUUGUUAUGGAAAUCUCAGUGUGUUGGUGAAAGUGAUGCGCUGGUGGAGGUAAGCAUGAUCACAUCUGUAGCCACACGGAUGGUUGGGAUUGUUCUGUAGGGCCCAGGCUGCACCAGGCCCUGAAGGGUGCCAGUGUCACCGAGGCCAGCCUUCUGUUGCUCAUCUCAACGUUGGCUUCCUGUUGGUUGUAUUCCAGCCAUCCAUGGCGACUACCAGUUGGUUCCCAGUAGUGACUAACGUAGUGUUGUUGCUCGUAGUUAGAGAUGUCCUUCGUACACUCACCUUUGUGUAGUAGGUAUUGGAUUGUCGUGGGGUGGGAAGCUCAUGAACUUUCUACUCUGGUUAGCUUUCAUAUUGGUGCAGUUAAUAUAAAAAGUAGACUCA